GUACAAUCUUAAUUAUAAUAUGGACGAUCUACCGGAAAAAGUUAAGGCUACAGAUCUAGAUAUCUGUACUAAUAUCAAUCAUAUAGUUUAAUUUUCGUCUAGUAGAUGUCGUAUGUGUAAAGUAAAGGUAGCAAAAAUAGGGCGUGACCUUGAUGAUCAUGUGAUAAGCCGUUGAUUUGCUGAUUGGCGAAGUCCACGUCAAACUGCCAUCAAACAUCAAAAAAUGGCAUUUCUUGAAGGUUCUAAGUUCUAAAAAGUCUCAGUGUUUUGUAAUCUCAGGUUCCCUCGAAGUGUUCUGUGUUAAAACUUAACCUCCUUUUUGCUGCUUCUAAAGUUGAAGUUGGUUGUUACCACGUGUUAGGCCUCAAAAAUAUUUAAUAUUUUGGUCAUUAUACGUCGAAAGUUCAAGCCAAAAUGUCUCUCGUGAUCCCGGAGAAGUUCCAGCAUAUUCUGCGUAUCCUCGGAACUAACAUCGAUGGAAAACGGAAGGUGAUGUUUGCCCUCACAGCAAUCAAAGGUGUAGGUAGACGUUACUCAAACAUUGUACUCAAAAAGGCCGAUGUUGAUCUCGAUAAGCGAGCUGGUGAAUGUACCGAUGAGGAAGUCGAAAAAAUCAUCACGAUUAUGUCCAACCCAAGACAGUACAAGAUCCCCGACUGGUUCCUGAACAGACAGAAGGACAUUAUCGAUGGUAAAUACAGCCAGUUGACCUCCUCUACUCUGGACUCCAAGCUCCGUGAAGAUUUGGAGAGGCUGAAGAAGAUCCGCGCCCACAGAGGCAUGAGGCACUACUGGGGCCUGAGGGUGAGGGGCCAGCACACCAAGACCACCGGCAGGAGAGGACGUACUGUUGGUGUGUCCAAGAAGAAGUAGAUUUAAGUUCGUUAAUGUAUUUGUGACUCAACUGAACAUUUUUUGAGCACCACCUGAUUCCAAUAAAUAUAUUCUUCUUAGUA